UUGUAGAGGGUUUAAGGUUCAAAGCGAAGACACCCUCCCUCCUUCCUUUCUCUCUCAGAUUACUCAUGGCGAAGAACGGCUCCGAAUACGAACCCACAUUCACAGACGACGACGACGAAGAAUCCGAAGAGCUCCAAGAGUGGAACGAUUGGAAUGCAGAACCAGAAGAAGAAGACGAAGAAGAAGAAGAGGGCUCAGACUUGCUGUGCUUGUUCUGCGACACCAGGUACAGCUCGUGCGACGACCUCUUCGACCACUGCACUUCGACCCAUCGUUUCGACUUUCAGGCCGUUCGGAGAGCGCUGGGUCUGAAUUUCUACGGCUCCUUCAAGCUCAUUAACUUCGUUCGCUCUCAGGUUGCUGAAAACAGAUGUUGGAGUUGCGGGCUGACCUGUCAUUCCAACCAAGAUCUACAGAAUCAUUUACAUGAAACAGUCAAUUUCAAAGACAUUACACCUGGAUGGGAUAGUGACGAGUAUCUAAAACCUUUCUUGCAAGAUGAUUCGGUCUUGUAUAGCUUUGGUGAAGAUGAAGAAGGUGAAGAUGACUAUGCUGCAGCAGUUGACAAGGACGAACUUAUGAGUGAUUUGAGGCAGUUUGAAGAGAUCUGCAUAGAUCAUGAUAUUCAUGUGCCAAAGAUUGCUAUUGAUUAUGAUACCUCUAAUGAAAGUGGGAAAAAUGUUGCUUCAUCAUCCAAUAGCCACUUGAAUAAUGUGAAUUCUCCUGGAAAGGUGGCCAUCAAUGGUUUGGAUUCAGGAGAACAUGUUGGGUCAGCUGAUAGAAAGAAAAAAGAACAGCUUUUAAGAGCGUAUAUUCCAAAUCAUGGUUCAAAGGAUAUCAAGAAUGUUAACAAUGACUACUUUGGCGCUUACAGUUCAUUUGGCAUUCACAGAGAGAUGCUCAGUGAUAAGGUAAGAAUGGAUGCUUAUGGACAAGCUAUUUUAAAGAACCCCUCUCUCUUGAAGAGUGCAGUGGUGAUGGAUGUAGGUUGUGGCACAGGUAUACUAAGUCUCUUUGCAGCCCAAGCAGGUGCUUCAAAGGUAAUUGCAAUUGAAGCCAGUGAGAAAAUGGCUUCCGUGGCAACUCGGAUCGCAAAAGAUAAUGGUCUUUUGUCUAGUAAGAGCCCUGGUGAAAGUACUAACCAUGGCACUGGGGUAGUAGAAGUGGUUCAAGGUAUGGUUGAGGAGCUUGAUAAAUCCAUACUAAUUGAACCUCAUAGUGUUGAUGUAUUACUGAGUGAAUGGAUGGGGUACUGCCUACUUUAUGAGGCAAUGCUCAGUUCAGUGCUUUAUGCACGGGAUCGGUGGUUAAAACCUGGAGGUGCCAUGCUUCCUGAUACAGCAACUAUUUUUGUUGCAGGAUUUGGAAAAGGAGCCACCAGUCUUCCAUUUUGGGAAAAUGUGUAUGGUUUCAACAUGUCUUCUGUUGGCAAGGAGCUUGUUGAAGGUGCAGCACAAAUCCCUAUUGUAGAUACGGUGGAUGGUCAUGGUUUAGUGACCAAUGCUGCUGUUCUCCAGAGCUUUGACUUGGUGACAAUGAAGCCUGAUGAAGUCGAUUUUACUGCAAGUGUUGAGUUGGAACCAAACUUCAGCAGUGCAGCUAGCAGCUUAACUGAUUUGGAAUCUGAAACAACCUGGUGUUUUGGAGUUGUCUUGUGGUUUGAGACUGGUUUUACCAGCAGGUUCUGCAAAGAAACGCCGGCUGUUUUGUCAACAUCCCCAUAUACUCCCAAAACGCACUGGCAGCAAACAAUUUUGACAUUUAAGGAACCAAUUGCUGUGACAUCAGGAAAAUCUAACGUGGACGGAUCAGCAGCAGUUGGCACUGAAGCUUGUCCGGCUGCAAGGAUUCAUCUGCGAAUAAGCAUUGCUCGUGCUUCCCAUCAUCGUGACAUUGACAUUUCCUUGGAAGCUGCUGGAGUUGAUCCUCAUGGUCGGAAGCGUAAUUGGCCUGUUCAAAUUUUUAAUCUUGGUUAGUCUGAUGAUCAAAAUUCGGGAUCCUGAUUGCCCCUACUUCUCAACAUUGACAUUUUACGAGAAACUGCUGGGGUUGAUCUUGAUUGUCAGAACCACAAUUUGACCUGUGUAACUUUAGUCGACAUUGGCAUACCGAUUCAGACCUAAGAUCGGCCGACUUAAAGCGGUCUAGUUUUGUACCGUCUGUGUUGUUUCACUUCUAUUUUGGUUCCGAAGAAUUUUCUAGUUUGUGUUUAUUUC